CAAAGUUCAAAAAAGUUGUCAAGAGCUUUAGUUUUGCAAUAUCGUCUAGUAACUGCAACUAGUACCCGUAUAUCUGAGACAAGUUAAUCCAAUGUCUUCGGCAAAGAUUUUGGAGAAUUGCAUUUUCUGCAAAAUAGCCUCCGGAAAGAAUUCCAAUACUGCCAUUCUCUUCCAAAACGAGCGCAUCCAGAUAUUCAAGGAUAUAAGACCGGCGGCUGAUAACCACCUGCUGGCUAUUCCUAAAUACCACAUAGACGGUGUACGUUCCCUUACUCCCAAUGAUAAACCUCUACUCGAGGAAAUGAAAACGGAGCUAGUCAGUGUUUUGAGGGAUCAGUUUCAAGUUGAUGAAACCACAAUUCUUUUAGGUUUUCAUAUUCCACCGUUCACAACAGUGAAGCAUUUACAUAUGCACGGAAUAGCACCAGUCAGCAACAUGGGAUUUAUUUCGAAAAUGAUAUUUAAACCAGGAACAAUGUGGUUCAAUACGGCUCAAUCUAUUAUUGACGGACUACCUUCGGCACCGGCCACUUGAUGGGUUUACAGCUCGACCAUUUUGAUAAUAUGAUAUCAGUUAGAGUACA